AAGUCUACAGUACUGCAACUGGACGCACGCAACGGACGAAUUCAAGCUUCAGCCAGGCAUGGUGGUUUUUGAACAAGGAAUAUCUGAUGAAGUGAUGAGGAAUUGUCCAGCUGAACAGCGAGUAAUACUCUCAAUGCAGUCGAGUUAGCUCUGAAGAUGUUAGAAUUCUGAAACAAUCAACCUUAAUUCACCUCGAUCGUUUGUGUCCUGAACGUCUCUUGGGGCAACACGGCCUUGUCUAGCGGUCACGUUAGUAGUAGUGGACGCAAAUAAGCCCUCUUGCCGAAAGGCGGGGCAGGAUUAGGAUUACACUGCUAAGGUAGAAUUUCCUUGGAGCCGAUGACAAUGGCAGACAUCAGAGGGAGCGUCUGUGGCGAGUGCCAUCGAGAACAUGCUCUUGCGUUCGACCCGCGCAUUGGGCGGAGAAAAACAGUUCGUCCCGGACGAGCGAGGGGCACCGGUGCGUUCAGUUCCGUAUUCGUAUUAUCCGUAGUUCUUGUCGUUUAUUUAUUUGCAAGUGGCGUUGAUUCCCAAGCCGCUGAUCAGAUGUGUUAUAAUUCCGAUGGCUCGCCUAGUCGCUGCAUUCCUGCUGAGGCGGCUCGUCCGUUGAUCAAUGCCGAAGAAUGGUCUACGAACAGCUCUUGUGCACCGAGCGAGGUCUUCUGCGAACUAAACAGCGGAGUAGUGAUGUGCCAGAAUUGCAGCUCACAGUUCGCCGUCGGUUUUCUCACUGACCUCUCUGCCAUCAGCGUGCCCACGUUUUGGCAAUCAGCUCUACUGCCGUCUACAUCCUCCAAUGUCAUUCUCUCAUUCUCUGGCUACACAAACAUGCAUCUGGUUCAUUCCCUCCUCAUGUCCUUCGACAAGCCACCACGAAGUGUUUUCAUGGAGAAAAGUAUCGACGGCGGCAGCACGUGGACUGCGAUAGCCUACUUCGCCGUGGAUUGCAUGAGCACGUACGGUAUCAUGCCCAACGCGGACGUUUCCAGUGCUCCGGGAACACCUCGCUGUGAACCGCUGGACCCGAGCCAGACCGUUCUGACCUUUCAGUCAUCGACUGGACGCGUUGUCGGGCAGCAAGAUACACACGACCAUCUCAUCCAAACGAACGAAGAUUACAGGCGGUUCACGAGUGCGAACGCUGUUCGAAUCGUCUUGGACGACGUGAGCAGGCCAACGGCGGCGGAGAUCAGCAGUAGCGGACGGAGCCUGGACUUGUUCAACUACUAUCGUGUGUCCAACGCCGCCAUCUAUUCGCAGCUGCAGUGUUUUGGACACGGUGGAGCGAGCACAUUGACCGGAAACUGUGUUUGCGAGCACAGAACGACGGGCAGCGAUUGCAUGACUUGCCAGGACUUCUUCGUGGAUUUGCCGUGGAUGCCAGCAACGGAUAGCAAUCCUUUCGAGUGCAAAGAGUGCAAUUGCAAUCAGCACAGCGGACAGUGCGUGUUCAAUCAAACUCUGUUCGAGGACUCUCUGGCAAGCAUCAGCGGCCCAUCAGGCGGCCAUUGUAUGAACUGCCUCCACAACACCAUGGGGCCUCACUGUGAGGAGUGUGUUGACGGCCAUUAUCCCGAUGACAAUCUCUACGCAAACAACUCCGCUUGGUGCCUUCCUUGUAACUGUGAUAUCCGUGGUACCAUCAGCAACCAGACACGUUGCUUGAAGAAUUGGCGUAGUCCCGUUCCCGGUCUGAACGGCCUGUGCUUGUGUCGGAGUCUGACCAGCGGUAUGCAGUGUCAUCAGUGCAAACCCAACGCCUACGCGUACGACAGCAAUGUCGAUACUGGAUGCACAGAUUGCCAGUGCUUGAUCAGCGGUACUGUGAACGGCGACACGACAUGCCAUAACGUGACGGGUCAGUGCGGCUGCAAGGACAACACCGAGGGUCUGCGUUGCAACACAUGCAAGGACGGCUUCUUCAACCUGACCAGCGGAAACACCGCGGGCUGCGAACCGUGCGCCUGCGUUCUCGGCUACUCCACGCACAACACGUGCGAUGCGGUGACUGGACAGUGUUUGUGUCGACCUGGGUUCACGGGACGGCGAUGUGAGAGUGUCAUACCGGGACGCUACGUACCCGAUAUCGAUCACAUCCGACUCGAGGCGGAGAGUCUGGCAACCAUCGAGUACCUCUCGAAUGGCGUAGGGUACUAUCGUUUGGCGGCGUCACCCGGCAGUGUGCGGCGCGGUCCCCUGCAAGUACCGAUGACUCUGUCGUACUGCCUGUACGUGCGCUACAACACGAGUAGUGCGGUAAGUGUAACUGUGCGUGUCGUGGGUGGAGGCGCCGAUGACUCCUACUCUGCCGUUGCUAGUCCGACUGGAGCUGUCGUGCGCCUAACAACUGUGCAGUUCACGGAGCAAGUCUCAUAUGAGUUCAUUGUCAGCUCCAACGUGGAGGUGCUGAUUGACUCAAUCGUGUUAGUGCCCGAAGUCACCCAGCUGCCGCAGUUCAGCACAUCCGGUGCUCUCGCCGAGUUCACCGGGGCGGGCUGUGGAAGCAGUGGUUGUGACGCACUGAGCGCCAGUGCAUCGCAGUUGUCGGUGACGUGUCGCAGCAUUCUGUCGCGAGCAAUGGCCGAGCUCCAUGGCAUGGCGAAUGACUGUGCUUGCUCUGCUCCAGGCCAGGUAGCAGGCAGCACGAGCUGUGAUCCGAUCGGUGGUCACUGCAGCUGCCUGGCAUCGCACACUACUCGUACAUGUUCCGAGUGUGCAGGCGAGUACUUUGUCAACGGUUCUUCAGCAACCGGCUGCCAGGCAUGCAGCUGUGACAUGAUAGGAGCAACGAGUCCCAUCUGUCGUCUUGGCGAUGGCCAGUGCCCAUGCCACUCCGGUAGGGAUGGCCGCACAUGCGAUCGAUGUCAGACCAACUAUCACCAUCCCGACUUGACAACCGGUCCGUGCGAGCAGUGCAUGUGCAACUCAACAGGCUCCAUCACACAGCAAUGCUUCGAUGUGACUGGUGGAUGUGAUUGCAAAUCAGGAGUUACUGACCCGUUGUGUACCAGCUGCCGCUCACUGCACUGGGGUUUCUCAGAUGCUGGAUGCACGCUGUGUAAUUGUGAUCCCAGUGGCUCCACAUCCCGCUGCGACAUGUUCACAGGCCAGUGCGAGUGCUUCAGCCUGACCGAGGGCAUGCGCUGUGACCAGUGCAAAGCCGGCAGUCACUAUCUCAGCAGGGACAACGUCGGCACAGGCUGUAGACAGUGCGAGUGCAACGGACACACGGCCGUCUGCACUACGGCUGUACCGGACGGGGCACAGGUUGGGGUCGGACAACCCAACUGCUCCUGCCCGAUUGGCUAUGCCGGCCUGGCCUGCGAGGGCUGUGCGGACGGCUACACUCAUAACAAGACAAGUGGCGGUGCGCUGAGUACCGACGUGUGCGUGCCGUGCUCCUGUAACGGACACACGGACAGCUGCGAUCCCGAUACGGGCGUUUGCCUGCGGUGUGCGAACAACACAGAGGGCACCUACUGCCAGUCGUGCCGCAGAGGUUACCAUGGAGACGCCACGGUCGGCCUGGCAACGGACUGUCGGAAGUGCGAGUGCCCGCUGACGACAACGGAUGAGCAGUACGACGAGUGUUUCGGCGACGGCGCAGGUGGCCACAUCUGUCCCAAGUGCCCGGGCGGGGCAACGGGUUCGCACUGCGAGCGAUGCGCCGAUGGUUACAUGGGGAAUCCCCUUGCCGGCCUGCAGUGCUCCAACUGCAGUUGUAGUGGAAACAUAGAUAUAUUGGUCACGGGCAACUGCAACACUACAACCGGCCAGUGUCUUAAGUGUAUUGCGAAUACGGACGGAUUUACGUGCGAUCGCUGCAAAGAUCAUUACUACGGAGAGGCGGUAACUGCCAAGAACUGUACUCUGUGUAACUGUGAUGGCCAAGGCACUGUAGUCAGUUCCGUGUGCAAUCGUAACUCCGGACAGUGCGCCUGUCGCGAUGGCGUGUACGGACGCCGCUGCGACGCGUGCCUCCCGAACCACUUUGGCUUUGGCGACGCGCUGGGCUGUUCGGUGUGUAACUGCUCCAUGAGUGGCUCGUCUCUGUUGCAGUGUGACUCGGCCGGGGUGUGUAGCUGUCGUGCCGGUGCUGGCGGCAGUAAGUGCGACACCUGCAUGGACGGGUUCUAUCGCUCGCCGGGCAGAGCGGAUGUGUGCGGUAACACCACAGGUUCUCCAUGCAGAGCCUGCUGUUGUGAUGCGAGUAAUACUGUCGGUGGACAACAGACCUGUAAUGCCAGUGGUGUAUGCAGCUGUAAACCUGGUUCCCAGGGCAACAAGUGUGAUGUGUGCAGUGUCGGCUAUUUCCGUCAUCCAGUCACGGGAUGUCAACCUUGCCAGUGUAACCAACACAGCAGCAGCUGUACAAACGCCACGUCAUGCCAGUCGUGCGGGGACAACACCGAGGGAGACCAGUGUCAGCUGUGCCUUCCCGGUUACUAUGGCGAUCCCACGAGCGGCGGCACGUGUCACCAAUGCCGGUGCAACGGUUUUGCCGACACGUGUUCCGUCGCCGCGGGCACUAGCUCCGGUUUUGUGUGCGACAGCUGCAGUAACAACACACGCGGCUCCCAGUGCGACCAGUGCUCGGCCAACCACUACCGAGAUCCGUCGCCGACCAACGCCGGCUGUCUGCCGUGCCUUGCCAAGUGCAACGGCAACAGUCUGCAGUGUGACGUCGCGACGGGAGAGUGCACGGCGUGCGCGUUCGACACCACCGGCACCAGUUGCCAGGUGUGCAGGGAUGACUUCUUUGGUGACGCAUCACAGAGAACAUGUCGGGCUUGUUCAUGUAACACGUUUGGUACUGUUAGCUCAGUGCCAUGUUCCCCAGCCGACGGUAGUUGCACGUGUCGAUCGAACGUCACCGGUCACACCUGCGAUCAGUGCUUGGCCUUCCACUUCAAUCUGACCAGCAACAAUGGCUGCUCGCCGUGCAAUUGCGGCCUGGGCAGCACCAGCGAUGCGUGCCAUGCCACCACCGGCGCGUGCUCGUGCGGCCCCCUCGUCACCGGCUUGCGGUGCGACCAGUGCGUGAGCACGGCGUACAACUUGCGGGCAGAACAGUGUACAUCGUGUCAGUGUGUGCGUAACGGAACAGUGGCAGGUAAUGACACUUGUGAUUCCGUCACUGGGCAGUGUCGCUGUGAGCCGGGCACAACUGGACUGCGCUGUGACACAUGCCUACGCGGCUACUACUGGACUUUAUCCGGUUGCACACCGUGUGCCUGUAGCGAUCAGAGUGGCACAUGUGAUCGAAUCACCGGCGUCUGUUCCAACUGCUCCGGUAACACCGACGGUGAUAACUGCGAGACGUGCCGCAGCGAGUUCUACCGAUCCUCUGCGGGCGCGUGCGUGCCGUGUGGUUGUCACGGGAAUGGUGCCGUUGACAACGUCUGCCAUGGCGCGUCAGGACAAUGCAGCUGUCGUGUUGGUGUGGACAACACAUCGAGGACGUGCGGAGUGUGCCGUGAUGACUUCCACUCGUUGACAGCCAGUGGAUGUAUACCGUGUAACUGCGAUGCAACGGGCACAGCAGACGCUACUUUCUGCAACAAGACCACCGGUAACUGUGUAUGCAAGCGAGGAUACGAGUCACAGCGCUGUCAAGAUUGCCAGAGAAGGUACUACCGCUUCCAGCAAGAAUGUGUUGCGUGCAAUUGUGACGUGCAAGGUUCAGCAGAUGGAGGUGCCGACUGUGAACUGUCCACCGGACAGUGCAACUGUCUAUCCAACGUGACCGGUCGACGCUGCGAUCGCUGCGACGACGUGUACUUUGGUUUUGGCAAUGCCGCCGGCUGCUCAGCGUGCAGUUGUGAUGCCGUGGGUGCACGCUGGCUGAAUUGCAGUGCGACUGGAGCUUGUGAUUGCAAGCCAGGGGUGGACGGUAGCAAGUGUGAUGUGUGCAAGGACGAAUUCUUUGGUCUGGCUAGCAGUGGAUGUGCAGAGUGUGGCUGUAACGUCAAUGGCUCCGUACACCCAGUGUGUGACAAGACCACAGGCAGAUGUACGUGCCACCCGAAUCUGGACACGAUCAACGACCUGAAAUGCACGAACUGUCGCAGCGGUCACUUUGUGCAUGCUGGCGGUACUGGCUGUGUGAACUGUACAUGUCACCCACUGGGUACGGUGGGAUCGGCAUGUGAUCCCGACGGUGGACAGUGUAACUGUAUCAAUGACAAUGUAGACGGGAGAACGUGUGGAGCGUGCAGAGCCAUGCAUUAUGCCUUCCCAGCAUGCACAGCAUGCAAUUGCAAUAUGAACGGAUCGUUCAACGGCUCGUGCGAUGACAAUGGCCGGUGCUUCUGUCUGCCCAACGCCCUGGGAGAGAAGUGUGACGAGUGUGAAGAGAACUUUGUCCUCACCACUUCUGGUUGUGAAUUAUGUCCAUCAUGCUAUAACAUCACGCAGAGUCAAGUGCAGAGUGUUCGCAUGCGUCUCGCCACCUCCCUGCACACGCUCACCAUCAUCAUGAGUGAUCCCCUGCUCAUGAACUUCAUGUCACGCCAGAGCAACGUCAGCAUCCUCUACACUAAUCUACUGAUAAUGGCACGCACUAUAGACACAAACGAAGCAACACAGAUAGCGCUGGCCAUGGCACUCCGCAACGACACCAUGCAUCUCAACAUCACCUACCCGGCCGACGGCACCGUGGAGUUUUUCUUCGCCGCCUACUUCCGCACGGUGCGCGACUUUGAGGUGGCUCUGCAGCGUGUCCGCGGAGCUGCGCAGAUCUCGACGGACCAAGUCACGCGCUCCAGGUCCGACCUGCAGGAAGCGUACGCGUUAUCGCAGAGUCUGGCCCAGCAGGUCGAGGUGGUGCGUAGUACAUAUCAAUCACUCGUCAAUCUUACGGAUCUGGUGGAGUCGAUGCGUGCUGAUAACAGCGCAAGUUCGCAGCGACUCCGAGAGCAGGCACGUCGUCUGAACGCCACUGCAUCCGAUGCUCUGUCCACCGCCAUGUCAGCCGUGGAGGUGCAGCGGCAAGCACAGGAUGAAGCAGGCAGCACCAAACUUAAACUGACCGCGAUCAAUACAACAGUGCAGGCCGUUGAUGUGACAUUGCCGGAUGCCGAUGCAGCAUCAUUGGCGGCGGACAAUGCAUGGAAUGCAGCGGAAGCUGCAGAGCAGAACACCUCGCAAGCAUUCCCACUGCCUUCAACGGACCUGUAUGAAGCUCAGUCUAUUGCAGCGGAUACUACUGCAACUAAUCUUACUCAGCAGACACAGGCCGCUGAGGUGUUUUACCAGUACACUGAGAACACGGUAGAGGAACACAACGACACUAUCGCAUCGCUAGUACCACAUGCGAGCGACGCCGGAGUUCUCGGCGCUAAGCUGAGAGAUGAUUCGCGCAAUGCCCUCGCAUCUGCGCAGGCCGCGCAUGCUGCUGCAAACCGUGCAAUCGCCAAGGCACGCCAGGAUCUGACCAUCCUCUCCAACUUCAGUGAUGAGUCGGCUAUAGCCAAGUCGCUCGCCGACGAUGCCCUGGAAAAGGCCAGAGCCGUUGUAUCCACUGCUAACACCACGCUGCAAGAGGCUGAACUCAUACUGUCACAGCAUUCCUCUGCUAGUGUCAAUGCAGGAGAGGCAGCGCGGGCUUCCACCUCGGCAACUCGGUCCAUUACGGAUAGCAAUAAGGUUGCUAUGCAACAGCAGCUGCGUGUAGUCCAACUCAGCACCAACGUCAACAGCAUCUCCAGAUCCGCCGAUCGCCUCAACGCAAGCAUAGCCAACAAGACAGCCGAGGCCGAUGUACAACAGCAGCAGUGUGCCCAUGCCCGGGCUAUGGCCUCCACCACCAGCUCGGACGUGACACGUGUGUCCCCGCAGGUUACCCUGGCAACAAAAAUGGCCGCGGAUGCACAGCACUCCGCGCUAGCGUUGCAGGCAGAGUUUGAAAGCAUCGGUGACCUGCCGUCGUCGAGGCUAGAAGCGCUCGGUAGUGAGCUGAGCCGCUUGCAGACAUCGCUCACCCAGGCGCAGGUGAGCCAGAUGAUCACCAGCUUGCAGGCAGCGCUCGACACUAAGGAAACCAUGCAGACCAUGCUGGAGCACUCUCUGGCCACGAUCGGCGCCGAAGUGCGGAGACUGGGCACGCAGCGCGAUGCCCUUGUGGAUAGCUGCCACCCGGGAUCAUAGACAACUAGUCAUGUCCAUGUGGACAGUAGACACCAAUCAUGUUCAUGACUGUACAACAGAGCAGCAUGUAUGCAUGCUGAUACUUGAUCUAUAUUUUCUGGUAUUUUUCGACAAAACACUUUGUUUGUAAAAAGGACAAGUGCCCAGUUCUUGACUCAAGCAAUGCAGUUUUCUUUGCAUUGCACGACAAACAUCAUUCUUUUGGUGUAGGUUGCAUGUUGAGGUCUUCUCUCGUUCUACGAGAUCCCUUCAACUAGAGGUGUCUGAUUCUUUUCUUGGGACAAGGUUUUCUUGUGACAUAGGAUAUGGCCUUUCUCUGACCUUGAGCUGUAACUAACGUUAGAUAGUAUUCUACCAUUUUAUUAUUUUAUGACGCACUCAGCGGGAGUACUGGCACUUGCCGAGUGCUAAGCGGAAAUAUUGUUUUAAAAGUAUUCCAAGAUUUUGAGUGUAUACUUCACUGCAUUGUUCUU